GGGGAAAAAACAUUGGGUGUUUUUUCACUUGUUCACUGCAAACUGUUUCGCGCACAGAGCAGAGUGGAAAAGGUUGAGGUCUUUCGUCGUUUGUGUUUUUUAUGGUCUGCCCUGCUCUGUCCUUUACAUAUCCCCUGAAAGGUGUGCUUCUCAACCUUCUUUACUUCAGGGAAUGAGACAGAAACAUCAUGCCCCUGCUCAGCUUUCUGUUCUGGUUCCACUGCUGCAUGUCGUUGACCCACUCAGCCAGCAGUCAGACAGUCAGCAAAGAAGGAGAACGCAUCAAGAUGUUUUUGACGCCUACAAUCUGCAAGGUCCGCUGUAGUGCAGGACGCUGCACCAACUAUUGCGAGCAUGGAAACGUCACCACUCUGUAUAGUAAUGAGCCCAUUGGUCAACCACCUUCGGAAACAGGCUUCCGAAUCUUCUUGUGCCCAAUGCUCUGCCAAAAUGGUGGUGUGUGCAUUCAGAAAGACCGCUGCCAGUGUCCUCAAAACUUCACGGGAAAGUUCUGCCACAUCCCAGCUACAUCCUCUACCAAUGACAUUGAAAAGUCACAAUUAAAUCCCUCUGUGCUGCGUGACCAGCAGCUCAUGUCACAGUCAGAGUACCUUCUCCCACUACAGAGUGAAGAGCAUCACCAGACAAAUGCUGAAUCUUCAAUGGUAAAGGUGCGUGUCCAGCACCCGCCUGAAGCUAGCAUAAAGAUCCACCAGGUUCUGAAGGUAGGAACAGGAGAAACGGGAAGGGCUCAGCAAGAUACCGUCACAAGGACAACUCGCGUACUGGAAGCAAGGAACAGUUUGCCAGGAGAGAAGGCUGAGGCUCUGUCGCCCCAAGUACAAGCCCAAGACUUUCUUGGAGACUCCGCUGACACAGAGUCGUCUGUUUUCAAAUAUUGCUUUAGAGAGUUUCGCAAUGGGCAGUGUAGCUCACGCCUGCCUGGACUAAGGACCCCAAAGACCUGCUGUGAAGGAACAGGAAUAGCUUGGGGGAUAAAUGAGUGCAUCCUCUGCCCUUCCCAUGGAAAUGGCACCGAUGGUGAUAAACAGUGCCCAAAGGGAUAUGAAAGGAUUAAUGAUACCCAAUGUGUGGACAUAAACGAGUGUUUGCAGCCUGGCCGGUGUCAAAACGGGAAUUGCAUCAACACUCGUGGGAGUUACAGCUGCGUCUGCAGGCAGGGCUUUCUGCUGGAUGCUUCUCACCGAAUCUGUGUCUCAGAAAAGGUCAUCUCAGAGGACAAAGGCCAGUGUUACCGCUUACUGUCAUCUGGCGUCUGUUCCUUACCAAUACUGAGGAAUAUUACCAAGCAAAUUUGCUGUUGCAGUAGAGUGGGCAAGGCUUGGGGAAGGAACUGUGAGAAGUGCCCAUACUUUGGCUCAGAUGCUUUUAAGGAGACGUGUCCAGCUGGGCCAGGCUACCAUUAUUCUCCAUUUGCACACCAGCCUAAUCAAAAGGUGACAGCACACCAUGAUGCUGAGAGGACCAUUCUGACUCCACAAAGGCAAGCUCAGCCCCCCAGGGAUCACAGCCUCACCCCCCAGAGAGUACCUGAACCGCCAUCUAAUCCUGGAAUACUGGGAUCACAGACCAGGACCCAAUCAUCUGCUACUGACCUUUUCACUACUCAAAAAAGGACUGACCGAUUGAGCAAUGCUUCGACUACUACUCAGUCAACUCGAGUACUGACAUCUUCUACUCAAAGGCAAAGCAUCCAUCAAGCUAACAGACAGGAGAUUUCAUCACUGAGGCCUGUUCAGCCAGCAGCAGUGACACCUCGUCUAGUCCAGCCAAGACCAGGGUUUCAGGGGUGUGAUUCCAAUCCCCAGUUAUGUGGACCAGGGCGCUGUGUUGAUCUUCCUGGUGAGAGGUACACCUGUAUUUGUACCACAGGAUACCAGCUCAACCUACAGCGGACGAGGUGUUUCGAUAUUGAUGAGUGUCGAAGAACCCCCAGUCCCUGUGACAAUGGCUACUGUGAGAACGUCCCAGGCAGUUUCCGCUGUGUCUGCUUCACUGGUUAUGAACUUCGGGGCAACACCUGCAUAGAUAUUAAUGAGUGUAAGAAUGACCUGCAGUGUCCCGGUCAAGAGUGUGUAAAUACAAAAGGCUCCUUUAGGUGUGUUCCAUGCAGACCAGGAUUUGAACUGAAGAACCAACAAUGCCAGGAUAUUGAUGAGUGUCGAACCCCCAGUCCCUGUGAAAAUGGCUACUGUCAGAAUAUUCCAGGCAGUUUCCGCUGUCGGUGUUUCACAGGUUAUGAACUUCGGAGCAACACAUGCUUAGAUAUUAAUGAGUGUAAGAAUGACCUGCAGUGUCCCGGUCAAGAGUGUGUAAAUACAAAAGGCUCCUUUAGGUGUGUUCCAUGCAGACCAGGAUUUGAACUGAAGAACCAACAAUGCCAGGAUAUUGAUGAGUGUCGAACCCCCAGUCCCUGUGACAAUGGCUACUGUGAGAACGUCCCAGGCAGUUUCCGCUGUCGGUGUUUCACCGGAUACGAACUUCAGGGCAACACCUGCAUAGAUAUUGAUGAGUGUAAGAAUGACCUGCAGUGUCCCGGUCAAGAGUGUGUAAAUACAAAAGGCUCCUUUAGGUGUGUUCCAUGCAGACCAGGAUUUGAACUGAAGAACCAACAAUGCCAGGACAUUGAUGAGUGUCGAACCCCCAGUCCCUGUGAAAAUGGCUACUGUGAGAACGUCCCAGGCAGUUUCCGCUGUCGGUGUUUCACCGGAUACGAACUUCAGGGCAACACCUGCAUAGAUAUUGAUGAGUGUAAGAAUGACCUGCAGUGUCCCGGUCAAGAGUGUGUAAAUACAAAAGGCUCCUUUAGGUGUGUUCCAUGCAGACCAGGAUUUGAACUGAAGAACCAACAAUGCCAGGAUAUUGAUGAGUGUCGAACCCCCAGUCCCUGUGACAAUGGCUACUGUGAGAACGUCCCAGGCAGUUUCCGCUGUCGGUGUUUCACCGGAUACGAACUUCAGGGCAACACCUGCAUAGAUAUUGAUGAGUGUAAGAAUGACCUGCAGUGUCCCGGUCAAGAGUGUGUAAAUACAAAAGGCUCCUUUAGGUGUGUUCCAUGCAGACCAGGAUUUGAACUGAAGAACCAACAAUGCCAGGACAUUGAUGAGUGUCGAACCCCCAGUCCCUGUGAAAAUGGCUACUGUGAGAACGUCCCAGGCAGUUUCCGCUGUCGGUGUUUCACCGGAUACGAACUUCAGGGCAACACCUGCAUAGAUAUUGAUGAGUGUAAGAAUGACCUGCAGUGUCCCGGUCAAGAGUGUGUAAAUACAAAAGGCUCCUUUAGGUGUGUUCCAUGCAGACCAGGAUUUGAACUGAAGAACCAACAAUGCCAGGAUAUUGAUGAGUGUCGAACCCCCAGUCCCUGUGACAAUGGCUACUGUGAGAACGUCCCAGGCAGUUUCCGCUGUCGGUGUUUCACCGGAUACGAACUUCAGGGCAACACCUGCAUAGAUAUUAAUGAGUGUAAGAAUGACCUGCAGUGUCCCGGUCAAGAGUGUGUAAAUACAAAAGGCUCCUUUAGGUGUGUUCCAUGCAGACCAGGAUUUGAACUGAAGAACCAACAAUGCCAGGAUGUUGAUGAGUGUCAGCAGAAUCCCAGCCCCUGUGUUAACAGUCAAUGUGAGAAUAGCCCAGGCAGUUACCAAUGUGUGUGUUUCAGUGGGUACGAACUAGAGGGAAACAGUUGCGUCGAUGUGGAUGAAUGCGAAGACCCAUCGCAGUGCGCUGGUCAGGAAUGUGUCAACCUUAAAGGAUCUUACAGAUGUAUUCCUUGUCAGCAAGGCUACGUCAUAAAAAAUGGAAGAUGCACAGAUGUAGAUGAAUGCCAGAGCUUACAAGGCUGUGGUCCUGAGGGUCUCUGUGUGAACACAGCAGGCUCCUAUCACUGCGACUGCCAGCCUGGAUAUAGAGCAGCCGGCCUUGGUCAUCAGUGCAAAGAUAUCAACGAGUGUUUUGAGGGGGAAUAUUGCUUCCCACAUGGGGAGUGCAUGAACACAGAAGGAUCAUACCUCUGUGUGUGUUCUGAAGGGUUCAAAUCCAGCAACAAUCUCAGCUCCUGCAUAGAUGUGGAUGAGUGUGCCAGACCAGAGGCAUGCCAGGAUGGAAGCUGUGUCAACACUCAGGGAUCAUUCCAGUGCCAGUGUGAUGUAGGAUUCAUGACCAAUCCAGAGCAAACCACCUGUCUAGAUAAGGAUGAGUGUGCAGACUCUGGGGGUGCCAUAUGUUGGCCAAAGCGCUGUGAAAAUACUAUUGGUUCUUACUACUGUGUCACCAUCUGCGAGCCUGGUUACGCUGUCAGCCACUCUGGGGAGUGCAUGGAUAUUAAUGAAUGUGUCAAUGAGACUAUCUGCGGGGAGCACACUUUCUGCCAAAAUCUCAUAGGGACGUACCAAUGCAUGUGCAACCAGGGCUACAAGGCCACGGACAAUGGAAAGGGAUGUGAGGAUGAAAAUGAGUGUGAAACCAUACAAGGUGUGUGUGGGACAGCACGCUGCGAGAACAUGGAGGGGUCCUUCCUGUGCGAGUGCCCAGGAGAGAAUGAGGAGUUCGACCUCCGCCUGAGGAGGUGCUUUAGCCGACCCCAAUCAGGUCGACUGCCCAUCCCCAAUGGCUCCUCUUACUCCUCUUCCUUUAGUUUUUGGAACCCAGAUCCCCAGGUUCCUAUAGAUAGUGCUCCUGUGUCUCCGCCUGCAUCCCUCCCAGGGGAACUGAGGGAGUGCUACUAUAACACCCAGGACCAAAGCACCUGCCGUGUGCUGACUCGAAAUAGCACCUACCAGGAGUGCUGCUGCACCGUGGGGGAAGGCUGGGGUCUUCACUGCCAGUAUUCACCCUGUCCCAGCCCAGGCUCAGUCGCAUACCAAGCAUUGUGUCCAAGUGGAAGAGGAUAUGUGACAUCGGAAUCUGGUGUUUACAGUUACAGAGAUGUGGAUGAGUGCAAGCUGUUUGACCCUGAGGUCUGUAAAAGGGGUUUGUGUGUGAAUAACAUCCCUGGAUACGCGUGCUACUGCCCCACUGGCUACUACUACCAUACCAUACUAUUGGAGUGCACAGACAACGAUGAGUGCGAGGGAGAGGUGGCUUGCUUUGGUGGGACCUGUGUGAACACGAUGGGCUCAUUCUACUGCUCAUGCCAGCCACCGCUGGUGCUUGACUAUACUCAGAGAACCUGCGUCAACUUGACAGGCUUCACCAUUGAUGAAAAUUUGGCAAUUUGCUGGGGGCAGGUGACAGAGCUGAUAUGCCAAAAUCCCCUGCUAGACCGGCAGGUAACUUUCUCAGAGUGCUGCUGCUUGUAUGGAUACGCGUGGGGGCUGGAUUGCGCUUUGUGCCCCAGCGAGGAUUCAGAUGAUUUUGAGGUGCUCUGUAAUGCUCUAAGACCCCCAGGUAUGCGCAGGGCAUACAGCCCUGGUGCUGAUCGUGAUCUCAGCCGGGACGAAGAAUACGAUAUGCCUUAUGAAUCCUACCCUGAACGCCCGGCACCAGGGUCUGACUUCACUUCCCCAGGCUACAAUCCCUACAUUUCUCUAAGGGGCCGUACAUCUGGCUAUAGAGGAAGACCUCUGGGAUCUUAUAGACCACAAGAGUCUCCAUAUGACCGACAAACUUAUGCCUCACGGGGAACAGAACGGAGACCCUAUUUACAAACGUCAGAUGUUGUCUCGGAGCCUGUUUACGAAGCCCUACCACGUCCCCGAAGCCGAGGGAGCACGAGGAGCCUUCCUCCGCGUCGUCAAAGUGCCGGCUACCGUGACCUUGGGAACGAGGACGGGACUGUGGAUGAGACUCGUCUUGUUGAGUCAUGGAUGCGUUUUCUGCCUGAGGAAGCACGCUCUUAUCCAAGCUAUCCAAGCCAGCCUUCUGGCCGGGCAAUUUCUGAGCGACGGUAUGAAUCUUAUCAGAGUUUCAGCAGUGAUGAGUGUGGAAUCGUGAAUGGCUGCGAGAAUGGCCGCUGCAUUCGCAUCUCGGAGGGAUACACCUGUGACUGCUAUGAUGGCUACUAUUUGGACAUCGCUUCAAUGUCUUGCAUAGACAUAAACGAAUGUGAGGAGACGGAUGACCCUGCCACAUUGUGUGUGAACGGCCAGUGUGUCAACACUGAUGGCUCCUACCGUUGCAUAUGUGAGCGAGGAUAUGUCAUGUACCAUGAGCCAAACCUGUGCAUCCCAUCCAGAUCUCGCCCAUGAGACUUGGCUGGCUCUAAUUUCUUGCUGCCAAAGUACUCUAAUCUGUCAAUCUGCAGAUUGUCAAAGAGAAUCUGACAAUGCAAAAAACUGGAGGGUAUCAGUCUGGAGUUAAGAAGCAUCCUGAGGUGUGUGUAUAUAUAUAUAUAUACACAAAAAAACGUAUUUCCACAUAAUUCACAGAUUAUUUUUAAAUAUACAUGCUUGAAUUAAUCAUGAUCGAAAUAGAUUGUUUUUUUUUCCAAAUUAUAUGUAUUUCUUCCACAACUGUGUAAAUAGACAAUUGGAAGCUGUUUAUUAGAUAGCAUGUAUACAUUGGCCUGAUGAAAGUAAUUAACUUUGAGAAAUGGUUGGCCGCCUUGAUGAUUUUUGCACUGGAUUCAUAAGAUUUUGAAAAAUAAUCUUUCUGAUGAUUGAUUCUCAGAACUAGUGUUAGCAGAUGGGAUAACUGUAGAGUUACUUAAGACGUCUGAUUUUAAUGUUAUUUCUACUAUUAAAGUCUACUAAUAAUAUUUCUAAUAAUCCAAUCAUACAUUUUAAUGAAAACAUGAAAUUUUGAUAGAACGAUAGCAUUUGACAUUUUAAGGGCAUUUAAAGGUAUUAACGAUAAUACUAACACAAUCAAGACUUCACAAAUUUCAAUUUAUCUUUUGUAUGCACUUAAAGUUUCAAAAAAUAUUUUUUUAAAUAUAAAAAAUUAUGUAAUAGCUAAUGACAAUUUAUUUAAUAUGUAUUAAAUUAAUAUUUGUUUUACAUUUGUUUAAUUGAAAAAUCCAUAUAUUUUCAGUGUUUUAUCUCUUUACAGUUUGUAUAGACAGAACUAUAUUGCAUACAAUUGCAUUAUGAAAUUAAGUCCUUCUUAAUUGAUGUCAUUUGAAUCUAAAAGAAAAAUUGAAACAGUAUUUAUAUUUUUCAGUAGAAUGACUGGUCUAGAUUUACCACCAAAACAUUUCACUGAAAAAUGUGUCAUAGAAUGCACUGUACUUAGCUUUCUGUAUGUCUUACUUGUACAUGCAAAAAGAAGUUAUAACUGUAAUUUCACAUACCCCGAUUUAUUUGUUUAUUUUACUGUCUUUUUACCACCAAUACAUUUUAAGUAAAUAUGCAACAUAAUUACAAUUUUA